CAAUUGUAUAACCUAAAGUUUCCCCCUUUAUAAAACCCACCCAUCCUUAUCCCAUUCUUCACUCACUCAUUCAUUCACAACCCAAACAAACAACACUACUGAAGAAAAGAAAACUCACCAACUUUUUUGUUUAAGAAAACACAAAAAAAUGGAGGGCAAAGAAGAAGAUGUUAGACUAGGAGCAAACAAGUACGGCGAGAAGCAGGGGUUGGGUACGGUGGCGCAAGACAGAGACUACAAAGAGCCACCACCAGCGCCGCUGUUUGAGCCCGGAGAGUUGACAUCAUGGUCGUUUUACAGGGCUGGAAUUGCCGAGUUUAUUGCAACUUUCUUGUUUCUUUACAUCAGUAUUUUGACUGUUAUGGGUUACAGUCGUGCUGACAAUAAGUGUCAGACUGUUGGUAUUCAGGGUAUUGCUUGGGCUUUUGGUGGAAUGAUCUUUGCCCUUGUUUACUGUACUGCUGGAAUUUCUGGAGGUCACAUUAACCCAGCUGUGACAUUGGGAUUGUUCUUGGCAAGGAAAUUGUCUUUGACAAGAGCAGUCUUUUACAUGAUCAUGCAAUGUUUGGGUGCCAUUUGCGGUGCUGGUGUUGUCAAGGGAUUCCAACCCACUCCUUACCAAGCCGGAGGCGGUGGUUCCAACUAUGUUCACCAUGGUUACACCAAGGGUGAUGGUCUUGGUGCUGAGAUUGUCGGCACCUUCGUCCUUGUCUACACCGUCUUCUCCGCCACUGACGCCAAGAGAAGCGCCAGGGACUCUCAUGUUCCUAUCUUGGCUCCCCUCCCAAUCGGGUUCGCUGUGUUCUUGGUUCACUUGGCCACCAUCCCCAUUACCGGCACUGGUAUCAACCCUGCUAGGAGUCUUGGAACUGCCAUUAUCUACAACAAGCACCUUAACAACUGGAACGACCACUGGAUCUUCUGGGUGGGACCAUUCAUUGGAGCAGCAUUGGCAGCACUUUACCACACAGUUGUGAUUAGGGCAAUUCCCUUCAAAUCCAAGUAAUGGAUUUGAGUUGAUCAUGAUCAUCAUGGGUGAUAUUGUUGUUUGGAUGGAUCAUCUCAUUGGCCCGACCGUAUUUGUUUUCCAAGGCUCUUGAUGAUGAUAAGAAGAAUCUAGAAUCCCAUGCUUUUCUUCCUUUUUUUUUAAUCUUCUUUUUCAUUAUUAAUCUUAUUUCUUUGUUUGUCCAUCUCUGUUGUAUUAUGUAAGUUAUUAAAGUGUACUCUUUUUUUUUUAAAAAAAAAAAAUUUCAUCGAAGAAUCCUAAGAGGGUUGUGGCUUGCAUUGGACUGGGUUGUGAAAAUGUAAAUUCUUACUAUCAAAAUUAUGUACUAUUAUGUUCCCAAUUUGGGUAAUAUUAUUAUGUACUAGCCCUUUUUCUUGCA